GAGUUUGACACCCCUGUUGUAGGGCAUAAAAAUUAUCUGUCCUCGGUUACAACACUCACUACUGAGUUUCAAAUUGCCCCUGGAAGCAACAUCAGCACAAGAACUGUUCGUCAGGAGCUUCAUGAAGUGGUUUUCCAUGGCCGAGCAGCCGCACACAAGCCUGAUAUCACCAUGCGCAAUGCCAAGCGUCGGCUGGAGUGGUGCAAAGCUCGCCGCCAUUGGACUUUGGAGCAGUGGAAAUGCGUUCUCUUGAGUGAUGAGUCACGCUUCACCAUCUAGCAGUCUGACAGAAGAAUCUGGGUUUGGCGGAUGCCAGGAGAGCCCUACCUGCCCCAAUGCAUAGUGCCAACUGUAAAGUUUGGUGGAGGAAGAAUAAUGGUCUGGGGCUGUUUUUCAUGGUUCUGGCUAGGCCCCUUAGUUCCAGUGAAGGGAACUCUCAACCCCAUCGAACAACUUUGGGAUGAACUGGAACAGACUCCUUCACCUUCUUUGAAGGUUGCAUCCCAAAUGGGCCCUGGAAAAAAGUGCACUAUAAGGAACACAGGGUUCCAUUUAGGAUGCAAACUUUAAAGCACGUGUAGGAGUCUGUUAAGAAAGCAGAAGUUUCACUGCCACAGUAUUUCCUACCUGGUUCCUGUUCCGUGGAGGGUAUAACUGAUGUAGCAUAAUAACUGUAAAGUAAAUUACUCCUAAAGAAACAAACAAGUCAUGGGAAGGAAUCUCCCUAAUUAUGGCUACAUGAAGUUGAUUGCAAUGCCAAGGUUAUAGGGCUAGAGUUCUAGGCUGCAUAUGUAACACACAUAAUUCAUUUUUAUUUAAAAUUAAAAAAAAAAAUAGGUAUGCAAAGUACUCAACUUGGUUGUGCGGUCAGCCUUGUAAAUUUUAAAGGCAUCCUUUCAGAGGGUGUUAUAUUAGCACCGCGUACGGGGCAUGCGCGUUUCUCCAAGGCCAGUUUCCAUAGCAGUGGUCGCACCGCGAGAUAAGUUCUCCAACAUGAUGAUUGACUUUGACUGACAUCCACCGUGCGAGUCCCUUUUAUAUGGAUCUUACCUACUUUACAUUUUUUACAGCCUAGUAGCCUUCCUAAUUGUUGUCUGCUCAAUUGAUUCAGUGCGCUUUUGCAAGAGACUGUAGUUGAGACAAAAGUCCGACUGGGUGAACCAAACAAUUAUGGGCAAUCAAGACGGUGAAUUCUGCUUCUUAAUUUGAGCAAAUAUUUAUUUUUUUCAUCACAGUGUGCUUUUCGUUUUUGAACGCCACCCGAAAAAAAUGAGCUGUUUUGGGCGGGGGCUGAGGCGGACGGCCCCUGCGCGCGCCAGCAGCAGGAAUGAGCUGGUGACCCCCUCAACGGCAUCUCUCUCCAGGGUUAACGGCUGGGCCUGUCCCCCUCACUCCUUCCAGCUGGUGGGAUGGACAAUAUACAGCUACAUGGCUGUAGUUGGCUUUGGGAUCUAUAUCCCACUACUACCUUCACCCUGGAGCCACAUGGCCUACUCUCUGACUGGUAUAGCCUUCAUUGUGCACCUGGUCACCCAUCUAGCUGCCGUGUCUAUAGACCCAGCAGAGGCAGGCGUCCGUGCCAAGAAGAGCUACUCCAACCCACUGCCUGUCUUCGACAAGAAGAAACAACCACAUGUUAUCCACAACCUACACUGCUACCUGUGUAAAAUCAAUGUGGACCCAAAAGUGAAACACUGUGGUGUGUGCAACAAGUGUAUUGAAGACUUUGACCACCACUGUAAAUGGCUGAAUAACUGUGUGGGGGGACAGAACUACUGGUACUUCUUUGUGACGGUGUUGUCUGCUACGCUGGGCGUCCUCGUGCUUCUCAUGGUCAUCCUGUUCAUCUUCAUCCAGCAUUAUAUGGACCCUGCCAGUCUCCGCACCGCACAGCAGUUUACCAGUGUGAUGAGUAACGGGACGAGGCUGGUCUUCCUGUCUGUAGGUGUGAUGAGUAACGGGACGUGGCUGGUCUUCCUGUCUGUAGGUGUGUUGAGUAACGGGACGUGGCUGGUCUUCCUGUCUGUAGGUGUGUUGAGUAACGGGACGUGGCUGGUCUUCCUGUCUGUAGGUGUGAUGAGUAACGGGACGUGGCUGGUCUUCCUGUCUGUAGGUGUGAUGAGUAACGGGACGUGGCUGGUCUUCCUGUCUGUAGGUGUGAUGAGUAACGGGACGUGGCUGGUCUUCCUGUCUGUAGGUGUGUUGAGUAACGGGACGUGGCUGGUCUUCCUGUCUGUAGGUGUGUUGAGUAACGGGACGUGGCUGGUCUUCCUGCCCCUAGCACCCUUGGAGACAAGCUCAGGGAGUCUCCUGGUUGUAGCCUUCCUCACGGUCAUGUUGGCUACUGGCUCUCUACUGCUGCUGGUUCACCUACUGGGCUUCCACAUCUAUCUCUUGUUAAACAAAAUGAGCACGUAUGACUACAUUAUAACAAGACGGCGUGGACAGGCCAGCCAGCAGGACAUAGAGAUGGGCUUUCCCCAGUCAUCUGACAGCAACGGCAACGCAGGACAGAAUCAUCAGCAAAUGGAGCCCCCCAUCGAUUGUGAUGCGUUGUUGUCAGACAGUGUCAGCUGCAAGAAUCAGGAAACAGGAACUAUUUCAAGUCGACUUUCUGGAUCUUUCUGUACUGAGUUGGACAACUUUACUAAAUCAUCAGAAAAGGAAAAUGGCUUUUACUAUGGCACAGAGCUACCCACUCAGAUUAUACCAGGUGAAGUGGUGAUGGAUGACCCAUUGGGCUGGAGGUUGGGUGGAGGUGCAGAGGGCCCCAGAGCAGGCCAGUGUGAGGGGGGUCCCCUGCACUGACAGAGCUCAUCAGUAGCUGAUCUCUGAUGCUCUACAGGUGGUCACACACAGUACCUGAGGAACUAAAGGCAUUGACACUCCAUAGUGAACGUCGGCCGUGUGCAGUACAGCAGAUCACCUACUGGAUGUUGACUAACUGGGGUCGAUACAACAUGUCAAAUCUUUGGGAAAUAAACAAAACAUGACUGUUGAUGUUGUCUGGUCAGAAGCCAUGGAAUCGGCCACCGGCAGCAGUAUUUACCCAGCACAGCACUGGAGAACAAAUAGAAUGUUCAUGCUGGAUUGAAACCACCAUGAUGCCUCCAACGGACCUCCUGCUGUUGCCUAUGACGAUCACUACUUGGACCUGGAAAUGGAACUUUGGAUUCCGAGCUUCUAAAAUGCAUCAUGGAAUGUUAUGGAAUGUGCUAGUGAAUAGAAUACAUUGGAUGCAACCUGGAUUCCUAUGGAAGAGGACAGACAAUGGGAUUUCUCCAAUCUUGACUGCGAGGGGUGACAUUGGCUUUUUUUUUUAAAUAAUUGACUUUUAAUAGUUAAUAGGAUAUUUACACUGAGUGAUGGGAAGGACAUUUAUUUUGCAGCAAUUGUAUGUAUUUUAUCUGAGGAUUUAAAUAAUUAUUUUACUUAUGUUUUAUUGGUUAAUUUAGCCAUUUCAGAUCACAAUGUUCUUGCCAGAAUUUAAUAAUAAAAUGUGUAAACAUA